AAAUCAAACUCAGAAAUUAUUAAAAAAAAGGGAAAAAGAAAAAGAAAAAGGGAAGAAUCCGUUCAUUGGCCUCUCUUUUCUCCCUCCUCUCUUAAACCAGAAAUAAACCCUUCUCUCUUAAAAGGAGGAAAAAAAAAGCUGAAAAUUUGUGAAAAUUGUAAUUUUGUUAAGAGAGAGAGAGAUGAAGAUUCAGUGCAACGUGUGCGAGGCGGCGGAGGCGAAGGUGCUGUGCUGCGCGGACGAGGCGGCGCUGUGUUGGGCGUGCGACGAGAAGGUCCACGCUGCUAACAAGUUGGCCAGCAAGCACCAGCGAGUCCCGCUCUCUUCUUCGUCUUCUCAGAUGCCUAAAUGUGACAUUUGUCAGGAAACAUCUGGAUUGUUCUUUUGUUUGCAAGAUCGAGCUUUACUCUGCCGAAAAUGUGAUCUUGCUAUACAUACAGCAAAUACGUAUGUGUCUGGUCAUCAGAGAUUUCUGCUUACUGGAGUAAAAGUUGGUCUUGAAACAACAGACCCUGGUGCAUCUUCUUCCAAUGUCCAAUCAGCCUCUAAUGAAAAGACCUCAGAAACUAAAUCUAAUUCUACAUCUAGAAGGGGGACUCCAAUGGCAUUUACUGGUGGACAGAAUGAGGUUCUACCGGCAAAUGCUGGAGUUGGGAACAGUGUGCCGACUCAAGUGUUGUAUGCUGGGGGUUCUGCAGCUGGAAGCAUUCAAUCAUGGCAAAUGGAUGAUUUAUUUGGGCUAACUGACUUUAAUCAAAGCUAUGGUUACAUGGAUAAUGUGUCAUCUAAGGCUGAUAGCGGCAAGCGUGGAGAUUCUGACAGCUCCUCAGUCUUGAGAUCUGCUGAGGAAGAGGUUGAUGAUGAUGAGUGCUUGGGUCAGGUGCCAGAGUCCUCUUGUGCAGUACCGCAAGUGCCUUCGCCACCUACAGCCUCAGGGCUAUAUUGGCCAAAAGAUUCUCACAAUCAAUCUGAUGGUGUGGUUUUUGUGCCUGACAUAUGCAGCUCAAUUGUGAAAAAUCCUUUCCAUUCUCGGUAUCGUGGCUUCCCUCCAAAACGCCAGCGACAAAUUUAGAAUCAUCUUCUAAAGUUUUUUGCACAAGUUAAGUCUUUCAACAGUUUCAGAUCCACCUUGUCAGGUGUGUUUUUAGCCUAUUAUGUAUGUAGGUCUCUGUCCUUCCAAGUACCUAUUGUGGCUUGAGCUACUUGCUUCCGGUUUGGGCUAAGCCACAUUUUUCAAUGUAGAUUCUUCUCAUUCUGCAGUUGCUAUUUGGGUUGAUAAGGUAAAACCGAAGCAGAAAAGGUGUACUAGAAAAAGCUUGUUAAUUGAAGGAGUUAGUAUUGUUUCUGUUAACAGCUUGUAUUUCUUCAUGAUUCACAAUAUAACCUUGACCAACUUAAUUGGUAUCUGUGUUAUAAAA